GAAAAUGAUUGAAUCUCAUGACGUGAAAGUAAUCACGUUCAAAAGAAGCUCGUGGACUGGGCGCGAAAACAGAACCCAGAGCGAAUUCAUAAUUGUCUCUGGAGAUCGAGACUUGCAGUCCAUGGUGUCGAAGAUCGCAGACAGGAGGGUCCGCGUGCAUGUGUGGUCGUGGAAUAAUGCUCUUGCAAGUGUCUACACACGUAUGCAGAACGAGCUUGUCCAUGUACACCUUCGUGACGACUACCUUGACGAAAUCGGCUUCUGCGACACAAACUUCCGCGUCGAUCGGAGUGUCAUCAGCCCCCACAGCAUAGUCAUUCUCGAUCCGUUACCUAAGGGUGCCGAGAUCGACAAAUUCAUAUCGACGCUGCGGAUUCCGAUCUAUCGGUAUGAGUAUGCCAGACAACGUGUUGAUGUGUCCAGCCAAGAUCUGGUCAUUAUACCUGCUUAUGCUAGGUCUAUGAAACACGGAGAACACGUCACAUUGUUUCAAACUGUCCAAAUACAGCUCGCACCUCAUGGGCUCAGCGUUCUCACCUUCUCUGAAUACACUCAACGCCAUCUCACCGACGCUCCUGAAGACGAGCUUAAGAUAUCACCACGGUUCGGAGAGCUCCCGCGGCAAGAAGUAGAAGACGGUGGCGAUAAGGACGAGGGCGGCCAGGACAUUGGAGGCGAUGGAAGUGACAAUGAUGGCUUUGCCGAGGUCAAUUAUCGCUCAGAGCAACGAAGAAAACAGCUCAAAGCCAAUGAGUACAAGUCGGGUGCCAGAUGCAAAUGGGGAAAGUACUGCUUAAACGAAUGCGACUGCAAGUAUGGUCAUACCAAGGAGGAAGAACAGUACUUCCUGACAUACCACCACAAGGUUGCGAAGAAAUACAGAUACUGCACAAGCAAAGACUGCACUUGGGGAGCAAAAUGCAAAUAUGCCCACAGCGAGGAUGAAUUGCUUGUACCACUUGCGAUCGGAUUGGCACGGGACAUUCUAUGGACGAUUGCCCAUUGACAUCGCCAGGCCGGAACCAACGCUGGCAGGGGUCCUCCCACCCGACGAUUCCCAGAAGAAGGUCUGUGAGAAGUUGGUGUGCUUUCGGAGCAAAGGCUGAGCCUCUGUUUUACCAAUUUUCUUAUCAGAAUCUAAAUAUCGGCGCGAUACAGAGGAUCCUCAUCAGCUUCUCCUUACGCCAGUAUCCAAAGGGGCAUGUAGGACUUGGCAGCUUACUG